AUGCCAAUGUCAAUCAAAAGGUUUUUGUAUCAGCCUAGACCAGGAUAUAUCAUUCCAUGUUGUAGAAUAGAGAAGCCGACUUCAGGAUCUUGGUCUGAGAUUCCACCCUCAACUUUUAAAUUCCGUGGCGAGAACUAUUUCAAUCCAUAUACUCCAAUAGGUGUUGAUGUGUUUGUAUGCCCCAAAAAGAUACUUCACAUUGCCCAGCAUCCUGAGCUUCCCAAAGUGAAAGCAAAUGGGAAAGUGUUCAUUGUAAACAUACAGUUGCCGACUUAUCCUGCUGCAAUGUUUCUUAGUGAUAUUGAUGGAGAGGGGAUGGGUCUUGUAAUGUAUUUCAAAGUUUCUGAGAAUUUUGAUAAAGACAUCUCUCCUCAAUUCCAGGACAGCGUCAUGGACUCCACUGUACCUUUUAGAGAAAGACUAAAGAUCUUGGCUGUUGUGGUAAAUCCUAAGGAUCUCGGUCGGAGUUCUGCUGAGAAGAAGCUUGUACAUGCAUAUAAUGACAAACCAGUUCUUUCACGCCCCCCAGCACAAUUUUUACAAGGUAAACAUUGA